CGGGGACCAUGUGCAGCGCUCAGUCUGAGCACAAAGCAAGCGCAUUGACUCCUAAAAUCUCUUAGGGUUUAUUAAGUGUGGCUGGUUUUGGUGUGCCCGUGCGUUGGUUUGCGCGUGCUGUGUGGAGUCUUAGAACCAUGCCGAAGAGAGCCAAGAAGAACGAGGAAGCUUCUGCAGAAGCAGAAACAGAAACAAAGAAAGGGAAGAAGGCAAAGGAGCCUGAAGCCCCAGUUUUGUAUGAAGAUCCACCAGAUAAACUGACCAGCAAGGAUGGCCAUGCAGCCAACAUGAAGAUAACCUCUUGGAAUGUGGACGGCCUUCGUGCCUGGGUUAAGAAACAGGGGCUCGAUUGGGUGCGUCAGGAGGCUCCGGAUGUGCUUUGUCUUCAGGAGACUAAGUGUGCUGAAAAAGCUUUACCAGCAGAUAUCACCUCUAUGCCCGAGUAUCCGCAUAAGUACUGGGCAGGCUCAGAAGAUAAAGAGGGUUACAGCGGAGUGGCCAUGCUGUGCAAGACCGAGCCUCUUAAAGUCACUUAUGGCAUUGGAAAAGAGGAGCAUGACAAAGAAGGUCGUGUGAUCACUGCCGAGUUCCCCUCCUUCUUCCUUGUUACUGCAUACGUGCCCAAUGCUGGGCGUGGCCUGGUCCGCCUAGACUACCGCAAAACAUGGGACGUAGACUUCCGUGCAUACCUAAGCGACCUGGACAGCCGUAAGCCCCUGGUGCUGUGUGGUGACCUCAACGUCGCCCACCAGGAGAUUGACCUGAAGAACCCCAAAGGCAACCGUAAGAAUGCAGGCUUCACUCCUGAAGAGCGCGAGGGUUUCAGCCAGCUCCUGGCAGCUGGUUUUAUCGAUAGCUUCCGCGAGCUGUAUCCCGAGCAGACCAACGCCUACACCUUCUGGACGUACAUGAUGAACUCGCGGGCCAAGAACGUCGGCUGGCGCCUGGACUACUUCGUGCUCUCGGCCUCGCUGCUCCCAAAGUUGUGUGACAGCAAGAUCCGUAACGCAGCCAUGGGGAGCGACCACUGCCCCAUCACCCUGCACCUGGCCAUCUAAUCACAUGACCACUUUUGUCAACAUGGGUUCGCAUUCAUUACUUUCUAAGCGCAGGGGUGUUUUGCUUUUUGUUUUUUUGUUACUUUUUUUUUUCUAGCUUGUGUAGAUUGAGGCAAACUCUUCCAAUAUCCGUAUCUCUUUCCUAAAAUAUUUUACAUAUUAAAAUAGUGUGAAAAGGAAAUGGAAUGUAGUUUUGUUUCAGAUAACAUUUUCUUUUGUAGUGUUGCUGUCCUGUUAGUUUAAAUAAAAUCUUCAAAAGAAGCCUGACCUCAGAGGACAAAUGUAUGAUGGAGACUUGGAUCUUGUGCAUUUUUCUGUCUCUUCUGUUUUGUACCGUUCUCUAAAGCAGAUGUAAUGACCCGAUGUACUUCUCAGUGUCAUGUGAAAUGAGCAGACAACACAAGCUGACUCCUUGUACUCCAGAUCAAUAAGAGAGCCAUAGUUCAUGUUCGUUUUCACCAAAGUAAUAAGUCAUAACCACUGAAUGUUGAAUUUUUCGGAAUAUUUUAAAGUCACAUUUUUGAAACACUAGUGAUGAUACUAGAGCUGUGUAAGUCUUAAAGCGUGAAAUUAUUCCUAAAGACUUUUUAUUAUAAUACACUCAUCCACAAUACAAAGUGAUGAAUAACCUUGGGAUUCAGUUUAAGAUAUAAACUAGUUAAUGUUUGUUUGGUUCCUUUACCUUCAACUGAUAGUAGCCUAGUAACCAUGCUUACUUUCCUUCCUAGUUUUACUGCAAAACGGUAAUUUUUUUAAAAUUCAUUUCUGUUGAAACAAAAAAUAAAUAGCUGAACAAAAGUA